GUGAAAUACCGCCAGCGCUGAGAGCCAUCGAUGAGGAAGUGUAAUUGAACCUGUGAUGUGGGGAGAGCGAGGCAGCUCCUCUCUGUAGUUUCUGAGGAGAGAGCGUCACCCAUCAAAACGCGCGGACGGGUGACAACCACAUACUGGGAAUUACCGGGAUGUCAAGGGAAUAAUAUCAGUAAUCAUGUGCCUUAUUGGCACCGAGUCGGUGCCACCUCAGCGGUAAGAUUUGUGGAGAGAAAAGAGGAGGAGGAGGAGGGGUAGACAGCCUGGCAGACAGGUGCGACUCCACAGCCCGUUUCAUUUUCUCUCAGUCCUAAUAUCCGUAACAGAGCCAUGGAUACCCGCAAGGAAAACAAGGUAAGAAAACAACCCAUGAAACCCAAAACGACGAAGCGAAAAGAAAAGAAAUAUAAAACCGGGAGGUUUAUCAGAAGGAAAUCGCUGCGAUCUUUUGGGAAUUUCAUGGGAAGGAUCCUUAAAACUUUGGGCACUUUGGCGCACUUUGGCGACGCGCAACCGCCGGACGCAGAGGACGACGACGGCGGCUUCGGGCAAAGCUCUACCGGGGGUUUCAAAGACGACUGUUUGCAGAUCCCCAGGGAGGGAACCGUGAAGAAGAGCUCCACGGUGUCCUCUCACGGCUCGGUAAAAGACAGGCUGUCGUGGUGCCACGGCGACAAGACUCCCGGGGUGCUGGGACUGAAGAACCACGGCAACACCUGUUUCAUGAACGCCGUGGUUCAGUGCCUCAGCAACACGGACCUGCUGGCCGAGUACCUCGGGCUGGAGCAGUACAAGUCGGAUAUGUGCCACAGGAGGGUGAACGGGGAGGUGGGAGGCGAGGAGCCGCAAACCGCCAGGGGAGAAGUGACCGAGCAGCUGGCGUCGCUGGUUCGAGCGCUCUGGACGCUGGAGUACACGCCGCAGCUGUCUGUGGAGUUCAAGAGCAUAGUGGCCAAGUACGGCUCUCAGUUUCGGGGAAACUCUCAGCAUGAUGCCCUGGAGUUCCUCCUCUGGCUUUUGGACAGAGUUAAUGAAGAUGCCAAUCCAAGCUCCAACAACAACAGCAACAGCAGCAGCAGCAAGACCAAAGCCAACGUCAAGGGAUCCAGUUCAUUGGAGGAUCCCUCCAGUCCCAGCUCAGCCAGCAUGCAGCAGUCCAGAGGUCGACACAGUUUUGUCCAGGAUCACUUCCAGGCUCAGUAUAGGUCUUCUCUGACGUGCCCUCAUUGCCUUAAGCAGAGCAACACCUUCGACCCAUUUUUAUGUAUCUCCCUGCCUAUACCCCUACGACAAACCAGGCCGAUGUGUGUGACCCUGGUGUUCAGUACAAAGGGUCAGAGGUAUCUGCGGGUGGGGCUGGCUGUACCUCUCUUUGGUUCCCUGUCCUGCCUGAGAGCCAUGGUGGCAGAGGAGGGCAAAAUCUCUCCAGACCAGGUCAUCCUAUCAGAGUUGUACUCCACGGGUUUCCAGCGUUCCUUUUCAGAUGACGACGACCUGACGGCAAUCGCCGAUAGCGAUGUCAUCUACGCCUUCCAGGCUCCACCCCUAUAUAGUCGUGGAGGCUCUGCACCACACUCAGGGUAUCACCACAGCCUCCCCUCCUCUCCUUACACCUCCGCUGCUGGGCCAGAUGGUCAGAGGUUACCGCCAUCCGGCACACUCUCCUCUGAAUACCUGAACCAGGGAGGCUCCACGAAGGUCCUUCUCCUCAUCUGCAACACAGCAGGAUCUGGCCCUCAGGCUGUCAGGUUUGGACCUCCAUUUCUCAUGCGUGAGGACAGGAGCGUCUCCUGGGACCAGCUGCAGCAGAGCAUCCUCAGCAAGCUCUAUUAUCUGAUGCUGAAUGGAUCUCAGGCUCAGAAUGCCGGCGUGCUGUUUAAGAUCCGAGUGGUUGGAGGCUCGGCAUCCUACAGUUACCUGUCCCCACAGGACAGCAGGCCGCUGUACCACCCUGCGGUUGACAGAGCUCUGAAGUUUUGCGGCCCCGGGGGACCUCUGCAUGUGAAGGUUGUCAUCGAGUGGGAGCACAAGAUUAAAGAAUGUCUGUUUGGCAGCAUCCAGGAGGAGGUGGUGAAGGACGCGGAGAGUGUAAGGAACCAGCAGCAGCAGCACCUGCAGCAGCAUAGCUGUACCUUGGAUGAGUGCUUCCAGCUGUAUACCAAAGAAGAACAGCUUGCCCCAGAUGAUGCCUGGAAGUGCCCCCACUGUAAGCAGCUUCAGCAGGGCAUGGUAAAGAUGAGCCUGUGGACACUCCCUGACAUACUGAUCCUUCAUCUCAAGCGCUUCCGACAGGUGGGCGAGCGGAGGAACAAGCUGUCAACCCUGGUGCAUUUCCCUCUGACUGGUUUGGACAUGGCCCCCCAUGUGGUGAAGAGGAGUCAGAGUAUGAGGAACCUGAACAUGGGGGCCUGGCCACCAUCUUGGAGACAGCCUUCAGGCCAACACCACCAACCUGCUGACAUGACCCUCCCCCACGACUAUCUGUAUGACCUUUACGCUGUGUGUAACCAUCAUGGAGGGAUGCACGGUGGACACUAUACUGCUUACUGUAGGAACUCAGUGGACAGCCAGUGGUAUAGCUAUGAUGACAGCAGCGUAGACCUGGUGCCAGAGGAGGAAAUAUGUACCAGAGGGGCCUACAUCCUUUUCUACCAGAGACGCAACACCAUUCCUCCAUGGUCGGCCAGUAGCUCCGUCAGAGGCUCCACAAGUUCAUCAAUGUCAGAUCACUGGUUAAUCCGGCUGACAGGCAACAGUAAGAGAGGCAGCCUGGUGUCUCGAUCCUCCACCACCUGCCCGUCUUCCAUACCCGACUCUCCCGAGUCUCCAGUCUUCCUUGACAAUGGUUCUAAAGAGGAAAGAGGGGGUUUUGAGCGCAGGCCAUUUGUCAGGGGUCUUCAGGGACGCAGUGUGAGCAUGCGAGCCCCCACCAAGACCAAGGACACCCUGAGCAAAGUGCUUCCCCUGCGAUGGUCCUUUGGUUCAAAGGACAGACGAAAACCUGACCCAGCACCUCCAGCGGUCCAAGAUCCUGCCCCUGUGGAGCUGGUCCAGUACUUGGAAUCUGGCCGGCGGCCCCGAUGCACAAAGGAUCCGAUAGUAAUGCUGAUGAGCGAACCACGCAGCGCAAAGGAACCAGCUGAGGGCAAGACUGCAACCAAUAUCCGAUCUUCCAGUGUUGGGAGUAUAAGUUUAGUGGCUAAAGCAGGAGAUGAGCCUGAGUCUCCACAGGUCCCAGAGGGCCAGAGGAGGCCAGCAGAUAAAACAGCUAGCUUGAGACGCAGUAAGGGGAGCCAGACAAGAGAUGAGGCCACCACCAAUAUCAGCAGUAGCUCUAGCAGCAACACCCUAACCAGGAGAAAAGAUGCCAAGAAGCAGAGCUCCUCCAAAGCCCUCCCGGAUACUGAGCCAAAAAUGGGCUCCAGUGCUGGAGUGCAGCCCAGCUACAGCACUCCCAGCCUUCAUGAUGGGACUCUGAGAAGACAAAAGGGAGACAGGGUUGAUAGGGAGCAUCACGGUGCAUAUGAAGGAAACUCUAAGCCCAAGAAAGGAGAAGUGCCCAAGAGUCAUGAGGGACUGCUCUCUUUCUUCAAAGGUAACUUCCUGAAGAAGGAUAAGGACCCAAGGAAGUCCAAGGAGAGUGAGUCAGGGAAGGGGGGAGGCGAGGAUGGAGGCAGAAGGACUCUCUCUAGGCUGUCACUGUCCAACGGAGCAGCUGGAGGCGGAACUGGGGUGGAAGGCGGCAAGUCUUAUGGCUCGGGCCAUCUGGGCGAUGAGCUGUCAAACGGGAAGUUGGGACGAACCAAGGCGUCUGACAUCAAACGCUCCCAGAGCUCCUCCAACAUCCCCACAAAGGCAGAGCAGAGCAUGCGAAGGACAGCAUCUUUACAUCGUAACGGGAUGUCUACAGCACCCGCACCAACGCGCAGCCUGACAACAGACAAACCAUCUUACGGUACCCUGCAGAGGACUCGUUACAGCACAACCUCGCUGGGACGCAAAAGGACAGUCCCUGAGUCCAGCUUCUGACACAAAGAUAUUUCCCACAUGCACAAAGCCUUUUAGCUGACAUCAAGUGAAUGACGUCCAAUCUCCAAGAUCAAAGCAAUAGAGCUCAAUUCACAGUGGUACGCCUCUUUUGUUCCCAGAAAAUGCACUGGCUGAAGAGGUUCGCGCCAUGGAAUUGAGAGACAUGGAGCACAUGAAAGGUGCUAUAAAGCUUGGAUAUAAAGAGCAGAGAGCAGAACGAAAUGAUGUGACCUGUCCAUCAAAUGUCAGAGGAAGUCCAUUUCUAUUCUGUUUUCUAUGACUUAAAAAAACAAGUGCCUGAGCAACCUAAUAUGCAGUUUAGACCAAUGAGUUUAUGUCUGUUUAGCACUGGAAGCACGAAAUCCCUUACAGACACAUGCACACAUACAAACAUAAUCUCUGCAUUUGUGUCUUAUCAUUGUAGCGUGAGUGCUGGAAUUCAUCACUCUAUUUUUCUUACUGUUUGCUUACAAUCAAGACACACUGAUUGUGUUCAUUUAUAAGAAUGUAAUGUGUCCACUGGAUUAACAGUGGCGCUCUGAGGCUGCAGAUUAUGAUUUAAUAUCAAUUAUUCAUCUCUAAUCCCUUCUUUAAUGUUUAAAUUUUAAGUACAGGAUGCCAUCACAGAGGGCUUUGAACACAAGACUGAGUUUUCAUAAAGCAGAUUGUCUCUUUAUGACCCUGAGUGGAGUUGUUGUUUAUUCCACCUACAGUGGAAAGACCAGGACCUGUAAUGAGUAAUUUUUGUAGGAGUUGUAUUCUGUAGAGGCACUGAACUGGAUUCUUAAUUGUUGUUUGAAUAAUGACAAUGAAUCCCUACUAGGUCCAGGGGUGCUUUUCUGCAGCUGAGCUCACUAAUCUCCAUGUAGCGGAAGGGAACUAAAAGGUACAUUUGUCUACUGUGAAGUGUAAUAUAAAUGCAAUAUCCACUCUUAGAGGCUGUUUUACACCUUUUUAUACUGUAUAUCAUCAGUGAGUCAUGUUAAAUGUG